AUGUCCGACACAACACCCUCGUCCUCGGACGAGCGUCUUCGCACUGCCGUCAUCGCGAACCACCUGCCGGCAGGCUACGGCACCUCCUUCGAUGGCGUGCGGACCGCCUCCAACGCCGACCUGACCCGACAAAACUCCAACUCCAACCCGACGUCGAAUCCCGCCGCCAACGGGAACGGUCACGACGAUGCCGACGCUGCCGCCGCCGCCGCCGCCGCCGCCGCCGCCGCUGCCGAGGAGCGGGAGGCCUCGUCCCUCCUCCUCCCCGGCGGCGACAUCCACCGCGACCUCUUCAAGAUCUCGGCCCGCGAGCAGGGCGUCAAGCGAGCCCAGACCUUCUCCCACCCGCGCCGUGCCGACUCCGGCCACGAGUCCGACAUACCCGCCUCCGAGAUGCUCAUGCCCCAGGGGUUUCGCCGCCAGUUCAUCAUGCAGAAGCAAGGCUUCACCGCCGCGAACCUGCCCAUCACGAGGAACUUUGUCGAGUUCCUCGACUUCUACGGCUCCUUCGCCGGCGAGGACCUGGCAGACUCGGACGAGGAGGCCAUCGAGACGGACGACGACGAGGAGGACGCCGACGAAGGUCCGGCGGGCGAGACCCGCCCCCUCCUCGGACGGCGGCGGUCCUCCCGGUUCGCGCGCAAGGCCGGCGACGCCUCGACGACAAAGACCUUCUUCACGACCCUCAAGGCCUUCAUCGGCACCGGCAUCAUGUUCCUCCCCAAGGCCUUCAAGAACGGCGGCAUCCUCUUCUCCUCGCUGACCAUGCUCUUCGUGGCCGCCGUCUCCAUGGCCGCCUUCCACCUCCUGCUGCAGUGCCGCGCCCGGUACGGCGGCGGCUACGGCGACCUCGGCAAGGAGAUCUCGGGCCCGCGCAUGCGCGCCCUCAUCCUCGCCUCCAUCGCCCUGUCCCAGAUCGGCUUCGUCUGCACCGGCCUCGUCUUCGUCGCCGACAACUGGUUCUCCUUCCUGCAGGCCGUCACCGGCGGCGCCAACCCGCUCGGCUCGACCGCCCUCAUCGCCCUGCAGGCCGUCGUCAUCGUGCCCCUCGCCUUCAUCCGCAACAUCUCCAAGCUCGGCCCGGCCGCCCUGCUCGCCGACGUCUUCAUCGUCGUCGGCGUCGCCUACAUCUGGUGGUACGACAUCUCGGCCCUCGCCGCCCGCGGCAUCGACCCGACCGUCCGCCUCUUCAACCCGAGCUCCUACACCCUCACCAUCGGCGCCUCCAUCUUCACCUUCGAGGGCAUCGGCCUCAUCAUCCCCAUCCAGGCGAGCAUGAAGAAGCCCGAGCACUUCGAGCCCCUGCUGGCGGCCGUCAUGCUGCUCAUCACCUGCGUCUUCACCUCCGUCGGCGCCCUCUGCUACGCCACCUUUGGCGACCGCACAAAGAUCGAGAUCAUCGACAACUACCCCCAGGAAAGCCGCCUCGUCAAUGCCGUCCAGUUCAUGUACGCCCUCGCCGUCCUCGUCGGCAACCCCGUCCAGCUGUUCCCGGCCAUGCGCAUCCUCGAGGGCAAGAUCUUUGGCCACCGCUCCGGCAAGAAGGACCUCCUGACCAAGUGGAAGAAGAACGCCUUCCGCACCCUCCUCGUCACCCUCUGCAUCGCCAUCUCCGUCGCCGGCUCCGCCAACCUGGACCGCUUCGUCGCCCUCAUCGGUUCCUUCGCCUGCGUGCCCCUGGUCUACAUUUACCCGCCGUAUCUGCAUUACAAGGGCAUCGCCGAGACGAGGGAACAAAAGGCUUGCGACAUCGCCCUCAUGGCCCUCGGCCUCGUGGGCAUGGUGUAUACAACCGCCAUCACCUUGGCGACCAGCUUCCUGUAG